AUGCAUGAAAGAAAACCAUUGUUUAAGUUGUCGAAGCUCUUACCUGUUGUGUACGAAGAUGAGGAUAUGAAAGAGAAGGCAGAAAAGGUCCUUGGCCAUAUUAUUUGGUUGUUGGAGGAGACACAGAAGCCUAUGGAAGAUUCACGAAGUGAAGAUAGGGAUCUAAAAAAAGCAAAGAUCAUUAUGAAAAA